UGGAUGACAGUAGACGAAGAGGACCAAUCAGAACGUGGCAAGUCAGAGAAGUUCAGGAGGCGGUGUCUGGCGUGCGAGUUUGUAUGAAUUGACAAACCCGGGGCAUACACCAUCAAACGUUUGGAUUGAACUAGAUCCGUCCACUUUGGUGACGCUUACUUGAUGACAUUCAUCAGUUGUAUUAUCUAGGUGAGCCUGACUAGCAGCAGAAGCAGCCUGUGCUUCAUUAAGCAGACUAUAAAGAACCCCCCAGCCCCCCGCAACGUUGUGACAAUGAGGAAGAUUGCACUGCUUCUGAUUAUGUUGCUCGGGAUCGCCCACUUUGCUACGGUCGUCAGGUGUGAAGAUGAUGAUACCGGAGCGAUAGACGAGGCCAGCGACGACGAAGGAGCGGACAGUGACAGUGAUGAGGAGGAAGAGGAUGAAGAUACUGGGACUGAAGUGAAGGAGGAGGAUGGGGUGCUGGUGCUCACUGACGGCAACUUCGACACCUUCAUCGAAGGGAAGGACACCGUGCUGUUGGAGUUUUACGCGCCAUGGUGUGGACAUUGCAAGUCGUUUACCCCCACGUAUGUGAAAAUAGCCAAAGCCCUGAAGGAGAGCGAUCCCCCGAUCCCCGUGGCCAAGGUGGACGCCACCAAGGCCACUGAGGUGGCGGGACGCUUCGAAGUGUCCGGGUAUCCUACCUUCAAGAUCCUGAAAAACGGGAAACCCGUGGACUACGAUGGCGCCAGGUCAGAAGAGGCCUUUGUGGCCAAAGUCCUGGAGGUAGCUCAGCCCGACUGGGCGCCCCCACCCGAGGCCGUCGUGGUGUUGACCAAGGACAACUUUGAUGAGACGGUGAACAACGCUGACAUCAUCCUGGUGGAGUUCUACGCUCCAUGGUGCGGACACUGCAAGUCCCUGGCCCCCGAGUACGAGAAGGCGGCGCAGGAGCUGAGCAAGCGCAUGCCCCCCAUCCCGCUGGCCAAGGUGGACGCCACGGUGGAGAACGAGCUGGCCCAGCGCUUCGGCGUCACGGGCUACCCCGACCUCAAGAUCUUCAGGAGGGGCAAGGCCUACGACUACACUGGACCCCGGGAGAAGUUCGGUAUCGUGGAGCACAUGAGCGAGCAGUCGGGCCCGCCCUCCAAGCCGGUCCAGGCCGCCAAGCAGGUGCAGGAGCUGGUGAAGGACGGCGACGACGCCGUCAUCGUGGGCGUGUUCUCCGGCGACCAGGACCCAGCCUACGAGAUCUACAUGGAGGCCUGUAACUCCCUGAGGGAAGACUACAAGUUCCUCCACUCCUUCAGCUCCGACGUGGCCAAGCUGCUCAAGGCAUCCCCCGGCCAGGUUAUCCUGGUUCAGCCUGAGAAGUUCCGCUCCAAGUUUGAGCCGGCCUCGCACACAUUCCCGGUCACGGAGUCCACGCCCGUGUCGGACGUGCAGGACUUCUUCAAGAAGAACGUGGUGCCGCUGGUGGGCCACAGGAAGCAGAGCAACGACGCCAAGCGCUACGCGAAGAGGCCUCUGGUGGUGGUGUACUACGGCGUGGACUUCAGCUUCGACUACAGGAAGGCAACGCAGUUCUGGAGGUCAAAGGUGCUGGAGGUGGCCAAGGACUUCCCCGAGUACACCUUUGCCAUCGCGGACGAGGAGGACUACGCUGAGGAGCUGAAGGGCCUGGAGCUGAGCGACAGCGGUGAGGAGGUCAACGUGGGGAUCCUCGGAGAGAACGGGAAGAAGUUCGCCAUGGAGCCCGAAGAGUUUGACGCCGAGGUGCUCAGGGACUUUGUCAUGGCCUUCAAGAAAGGCAAGGUGCAGCCCAUCAUCAAGUCCCAGCCGCUGCCCAAGAACAAUAAGGGGCCCGUGAAGGUGGUGGUGGGCAAGAACUUUGACGCAAUAGUCAUGGACACCAAGAAGGACGUCCUGAUCGAGUUCUAUGCGCCGUGGUGCGGCCACUGCAAGAAGCUGGAGCCCGAAUACCUCGCCCUGGGCAAGAAGUACAAGGGCCACAAGGACAUCGUCAUCGCCAAGAUGGACGCCACGGCCAACGACGUGCCGCACGACAUCUACAAAACGGAGGGCUUCCCCACGAUAUACCUGGCGCCCAGCAACGGCAAACAGAAGCCAAUCAAGUUUGAGGGCGGGGACAGAACACUCGACGGCUUCAGUAAGUUCCUGGAGGAGCACGCCACGAAGCUGUCGAAGAAAGACGAACUUUGAGAGGGCUUUUCUCUCCGGCCAAACGUAGCCGAGAACUCUUUGUGAUGCUAGCGCCGAGUCUUCCAGGGCGCAAAGCGCAGCCCUCGCGAGGCUGAGGGGUUGCCGAGGGACACCGUGUUACUGUGUUGCUAUGACAACAGUGUUGGACCAUUUAUAAUUUUCGCGUUUGAACCAUAAGAGAUUUUUACUUUGAUCCAUUUCUAAAAGCAUGUUAAUGCACUGUGUUGGAGAAUUGGUCUUUUUAAAUAAAAUUCUAAAAAAGA